ACGUACAUAUAACACCCCCGUCCCAAAUCCUCCGGGGAAAAAACAUAAAACAUUAGAAACAUGAACCUCUCCAACCAUAUAUCCCUGCAUAAUCGCUCUUCCACCUCCGAACGCCAGUAACGAUGCUUACGUAACCUACAGGUGCCCGGCGAAAGCCCUAAGGCCUAACUCCUUUCAUUAAGUCGGUGUAUCUUUUUUUCUUCAUUAUUAUUUUUAUUAAGCGGACCUUGUGCUCAAAAUACUGGAAUAACACGAGGAUUACAGACGGAUAUUACAGAGGAUCGUGAUAAUUUUUCCAAGGUUUUUUUGAUCUGAGAGAAUGUCGAAUUUUGAUGGGGCUCCUGACGAUGGCGGUAGCCGAGGAGGAUAUGGCGGCGGCCGAGGUGGGUAUGGUGGUGGUGACCGCAGAGGAGGAGGUGCCCAAAGAGGAGGAGGGAGAGGUCCACAGCGUGAUGGGGAUUGGGUUUGCCCUAAUCCAGGAUGUGGUAAUGUGAACUUCGCAAGAAGAACAGAGUGCAAUAAAUGUGGAACACCUAAUUCAAGUACAGGAGGUGAACAGGGUGGUAGUGGUGGCUUCGCAAGGGGUGGGAGCUAUGGAGGACAGGGCAGGAGCAACAAUGGAGGCAGUGGAUAUGGUGGUGGAAGAGGUGGAAGUGGAUAUGGAGGCCAGGGUGCUGACGGAGCAAUCGGAACAUAUGGAAACCAGGGUGGUCCGCCCCCUCCAUAUGGUGGUGCACCAGCUGGAGGCUAUACUGGUCAGUAUUCAGAGCCAUCAAUGCCCCCUGCUGGAACGGGGUAUGCAAACCCGUCUGCUGGUGGCUAUAGUGGAACACCUAGCUAUGGAGCGCCAGCUCCACCACCCAGUGCUGGUUACGGUGCACCGAAUGCAUAUUCCCAACCUAAUAGCUAUGGUGCUCCUCCCGCAAGUUUCGGAGCAGCAGCACCAUCUGGUGGUAGGGGCCCUGGGGGUCCUGCAGGUUUUGACAGUUAUGGGGCUAGAGGGUAUUCAGAUGCUAGGGUUAAUCCAAGGGAUGAUUCGAGGACUCUGCCUGGAGGUUAUGGUGCAGUGUCUGAUGCAGCAAAAGUCAAACAGUGUGACGAGAACUGUGGAGAUACUUGCGAUAACUCCAGAAUAUAUAUUUCUAAUUUACCUCUGGAUGUUACAACUGAUGAACUGAGGGAUCUCUUUGGAGGAAUUGGCCAGGUGGGAAGGAUCAAGCAGAAACGUGGUUACAAAGAUCAGUGGCCGUGGAACAUUAAAAUCUACAGAGAUGACCAAGGUAACAGCAAAGGUGAUGCUGUCCUAUCAUACGAGGAUCCAUCUGCUGCACAUUCUGCAGGCGGCUUUUACAAUGAUUAUGUAAUGAGAGGUCACAAGAUAAAUGUGGCAAUGGCUGAGAAGUCGGCACCCAGAGCACCAGCUGCUCAAAGUGGAUUUGGCUCUGGAGGUGGUAAUAGAGGCAGAGGCGGUUAUGGUGACAGGAAUCGGGAUAGUUAUGGUGGGGAUAGGAAACGAGAUAGUUAUGGUGGGGAUAGAAACAGAGAUGGUAGAGAUGGUCAUGGUGGUGACACAGGUGGUUAUGGUGGUGGGGGCCCUGACAGGCGUCAUGGUGGGGGACAGCGCUCACGUCCAUAUUGAAAGGCGUGAAAAGAUUUCUGUUACUGAAUCUUGUUGACAUAGUGAAAUGUGACAGUGCAUGUUAUAUUGUGUAUCUGUUAUAUUGUUUUAAUCAUUCCUAUUCAUGAGUAUUCAAAUGUCUUUUGAGGGUAAGUUUUUGUCAAUGGACAAUGGUAAGUGUAUGAGCAUAACCUACUUUAUGUCUUUACGGAGUGUUUUGGAAACAAAUUUCUUGAAUUAAAACAUUAUCUGUAAACAUGUGAUCGGCUAAAUUGAUUUAUUUAGAUGUGUUGAAAAUUAUGAUCA